GCAAGGCUAUCGAGUUACCAGGUUUCAGAUUAUAUGGCUGCGGCUACGUGAAAGUCGGUUAACGUUUUAAGAAAACACAAAGUUGGAGACGAUGUCGUUUAUUGUCAGGAAGGGCCUGCCGAUUUUAACUUGCCGAAUUCCGAAAUGCGGCAAUGUCACGUCAUUGUGUUGUAAUAGGGGCCGUGUUUUCGGGCGCUCUCUAUCUGCCUCCACAGGCCGGGUUCUUGAUGUCAGUGGUAUAUACCCUCCUAUAGCCACACCUUUCAACGAGGAUGAAAAAAUAGCUUAUGACCGUCUGAAAGAAAACUUGCAACGUUGGAACAAAAUACCGUUCAGAGGGUACGUGGUACAGGGCUCAAAUGGAGAAUAUGCUUACCUAACCAAAGAGGAGAGGAUAGAAAUGGUUGAUCAAGUGAGAAAAAUGGCAGACCCAGAGAAGCUGAUCAUCGCCGGCUCAGGCUGUGAAUCAACUAAAGAUACUAUCGAGAUGACCAAUAAAAUGGCAGAUGCUGGAGCCCAGGUGGCGCUAGUUGUCACCCCGUGUUACUACAAGGGAGCUAUGAAUAACUCAGCACUGAUACAGCAUUAUAGCAAGGUAGCUGACAAUAGUUCUAUACCUAUCCUACUGUACAGUGUUCCAGCCAAUACCAACAUAACCAUUCCACCUGCUGUUGUUAUGGAGCUGGCCCAACACCCCAAUAUCAUAGGCUUGAAGGACAGCGGUGGUGAUAUCACAUCCAUUGGAUUGAUAGCCUACAAAACCAAGGAUGCAGAUUUCCAGAUUCUGGCCGGAUCUGCUGGAUUUUUAUUGUCUGGCUACGUUGUUGGUUGUGUUGGUGGAGUGUGUGCCCUUGGAAACGUACUUGGGCAGGAGUUAUGUGACCUUGAGGAGUUGUACAAAGCCAACAAGAUGGAAGAAGCCAGACAACUACAACAUAGACUGAUAGCACCAAACACAGCUGUAACCAAACAGUUUGGAAUUCCAGGCUUAAAGGCAGCCAUGGAGAUGAUGGGUUACUACGGGGGACCGACUCGAUCUCCACUACAGCCGUUGUCAGCGGAUGACAGGGAAACAGUGCGCCAGAUUUUAUUCUCCACUGGAUUUCUGUCGUGAGACUAUGAGUUCAGAUCAUAUCAACCAGACACUCCAAAACAAUGACAAAAUAAUGAUGUCCUCCGUACAAACUCUUGCCAAAGAUUACAACUGUGAAGUAUUUUGAGUGUUCUUUUCCAAGUCCACGUUCAUUAGAUGAUCUAAUGUUCAAGAAUCCUUUUGUCAGGUGUCCAUCCAUCAGUCGUCCGUUCUUAAACGAUUUUUGUUAUUGCAAUUUAUUCGAGAGUACUGGAUCUUUCAGAAAUUUCACAUGUAGUCCCUAGUUAUGUGUGGUCAAUUUUUGGACUAAAGGGAAAGUAAACUGCUGACAGCCAUACUGGAUUUUGAGAGUUAAAGUUUGUUAUUGCUAUUCCCAGAAAAUCAGUGGAUGGAUCUUUCCCCUUCCUGGUUGUGCAAGUUUGAUUUCUGUCUCUGGACAGAUCUAAAAAAAAAACCCAAAAUAUUGCUGAGAGGCAGCCAUAUUGGAUUUUAAAUAUUGAAGUGUGUAUCUCCAACAUCUCGUUCAGUUACACACUUUAUGCAUUUUUUAAAUUGUAAGCAUUUAUCAUUCAGAUCUACUAUAAUUUUUCACUGUACUUGUUUGGUGUAUGAUAUUUUCUGUGUACAUGUCUUAAUUGGGGAACAGGUUUCUACUAUCUUGGAUGAACAGAGUGAUUUGCAGAUUAAUUAAAUGUGUUUACUUGUAUUUUACUCAGAUGGUAGUUGGAUAAGAGGUGUAGUCCUCAACUUUAUCUGAUAUCUACAGAUAUUUAUAGUUCUGAGGUCAUCUCCAGAAAUAUCUAAUUUAGUAUGUGUUUAUCUAUGUUAGAGUGGAAUGUUUUUAACUUUGGUUACCUUACAAUAUAUUCUCAAAGUCAUCUUCAGGAACAACUUCACAAAGUUGAACUUUAAACAAUUUUACAAUGUAUCAACUGGUUUAGAGUCUGUAGAAUUACAAUGUAUCAAUUGGUUCAGAGUCUGUAGUGUUACAAUGUAUCAACUGGUUCUGGGACUGUAGGGUUACAAUGUAUCAACUGGUUCAGAGACUGUAGGGUUACAAUGUAUCAAUUGGUUCGGAGACUGUAGGGUUACAAUGUAAUAACUGGUUCAGAGACUGUAGGGUUACAAUGUAUCAACUGGUUCAGAGUCUGUAGUGUUACAAUGUAUCAACUGGUUCAGAGACUGUAGAGUUACAAUGUAUCAGUUAAUUCAGAGACUGUAGGGUGAUGAUGUAACAAUUGGGUUUAUGAUAUACCAAAUUGUUUUGUAACUGUUAAGGUUUUCUUUCCCAACUUUGGUUUUCCAUACAACUAUGUAUCUAGCCUUGAAGUAAUGAUCUGUCAUAUCAUAUAUAUUUUUGUACGGCUAAGAAAGUUACUUUAUCAUAGACAAACUUGAUUUUUUAGGUAACCAAAAACCUAUGCCAACUAUCCUUAGCAGUUUAUUGAUAUAAAGAUUAAGAAUACUCAUGAAAUUGGCAUGGAUCUAAACCUCGGACAGCAUCAAUUAUUGUACAGUCAAAUGUAUCAAGGUAGAAUUCAUAUUUACCUACAAUUAAAACUACUGGUACAAAAGAUGUCAUAUAAGGUAAAACAUUUUGAUGUGGUUUGUAUCACAUAAGAUCAUCACUUCAGUCUUUUUAUAUGGAGCUGGAUAUAAUCAGUGUUUCAUUAUUAUGUUUGUAAUUCAAUAUUUAUUAGCUCUCUUGCUUGGAUGAUGAAACGAUAUACUUAUUAUUUUUAUAAACAUGUAUAUAUCAAGAUCAAUAUUAAAAUGAAUUUGAUUUCGUUCUCGUGAAUGGUUUAGUUUCUGUCACUAGAAGUUAAUGGUGGAGAUGUUGAAAUCUUUCCAUCUAUCAGUAUACAACUAUAUUUGAGCGAGUGAUGUUCUAGUUUGAGUGGCUAAGAAGUAUUGUGCAGUCAGUCUGCAACAAAGUUG